AUGGCCUCCGUUGUUCCACCAACUCUCACUGAUGUUCAAUUAACACUUCAGGCUGGGAAGCCAGUGGAGCGGAAGCUGGAGGAAAACACUUUCGAAGCAUCAAGAACACUAGUGAUGACAAUGGACUAUCCACCUGUUGAGUCAAGGACCUUGUCGGCACUAUCCUCAUCACCAGCAGAAACUCGUUUUGCAGGGCCAGCAAAUGCUGUCGGAGCUGAUUUGGCAGAUACAAACAAUAUUUCGAAGAUAACGACAAUGCAGACAGUGGAAUAUCAACCAGUAGAGCCGGCGACGCUUUCGGCACUAUCAUCAUCGCCAGCAGACGCUCGUUUUUCAGCACCGACCAAUGCUGCCACACACGAUUUGCCAGAGACAAAUAGUGUUUCGAAGACAAUCUGGGAAGCAAGAGAUGCCAUUCAACUGUUUCAGAAGCGAAAUAAGGAAAUCAGCACGUCUCAGGUGGUUGAUGAAAAGCGGCUGCGCAAUCUUGGGGUCAUUGCUGAACGUCUGCAGUUCCUGCAGAAUAAGGUGCAGGUACUUAUUAGCUCAAAUGGAAAUGCCGCCGAGAUCACUUGUGCGGAUUUUGCCAACUUGACGAGUAUGAACGACGAACUGCUCAGUUGUAUCACAGCCUAUCAACAGACAAUUCGGAGCAAGGAGGCUCGAAAGGCACCAGAACGGAAGUUGGAGGAAAGCACUUUCGAAGCAGCAGGAACAACAGUGAUGACAAUGGACUAUCCACCUCUAGAGUCAAGGACACUGUCGGCACUAUCCUCAUCACCAGCAGAAGCUCGUUUUGCAGGGCCGACGAAUGCUGCCGGAACUGAUUUGGCCGAUACAAACAAUAUUUCGAAGAUAACGACAAUGCAGACAGUGGAAUAUCAACCAGUAGAGUCAACGACGCUUUCGGCACUAUCCUCAUCACCAGCAGAAACUCGUUUUGCAGGGCCGACGAAUGCUGUCGGGACUGAUUUGGCAGACGCAAACAAUAUUUCGAAGCUAACGGAAAUGCAGACAGUGGAAUAUCAACAUGAAGAGUCAAGGACUCUGUCUGCACUAUCCUCAUCACCAGCAGACGCUCGUUUUUCAGCGCCGACGAAUGCUGCCGCACACGAUUUGCCAGAGACAAAUAGUGUUUCGAAGACACUCUGGGAGGCGAGAGAUGCCAUUCAGCUGUUUCAGAAGCGUAAUAAAGCAAUUAUAACGUCUCAGGUGGUUGAUGAAAAGCAGCUGCGCAAUCUUGGAGUCAUUGCUGAACGUCUGCGAUUCCUGCAGAAUAAGGUGCAGGUACUUAUUAGCUCAAAUGUAAAUGGAAAUUCCACCGAGCUCACUGCUGAGGAUCUUGCCAACUUGACAAGUAUGAACGACGUGCUGCUCAGUUGUAUCACAGCCUAUCAGCAGACAGUUCGGAGCAAGGAGGCUCGGAAGGCACCAGAACGGAAGUUGGAGGAAAGCACUUUCGAAGCAGCAGGAACACCAGUAAUGACAGUAGAAUAUCAAAACGGAGAGCAAAGGGCGCUUUUGGCACUAUCCUCAUCACCAGCAGAAGCUCGUUUUGCAAGGCCGACGAAUGCUGCCGGAACUGAUUUGGCAGAUGCAAACAAUAUUUCGAAUAUAACGGCAACGCGUACAGUGGAAUCCCAACCUGUAGAGUCAAAGAGGUUUUCGGCAAUAUCCUCAUCACCAGCAGAAGCUCGUUUUGCGGGGCCGACAAAUGCUGUCGGAACUGAUUUGGCAGAUGCAAACAAUAUUUCGAAUAUAACGACUAUGCAGACAGUGGAAUAUCAACAGGAAGCGUCAAGGACCCUGUCUGCACUAUCCUCAUCACCAGCAAACGCUCGUUUUUCAGCGCCGACGAAUGCUGCCGCAGCCGAUUUGCCAGAGACAAAUAGUAUUUCGAAGACAAUCUGGGAGGCGAGAGACGCCAUUCAACUGUUUCAGAAGCGGAAUGAAAAAGUUAGCAGGUCUCAGGUGAUUGAUGAAAAGCAGCUGCGCGAUCUCGGGGUCGUUACAGAGCGUCUGACAGGCCUGCAAAAUAGGGUGCAGGUACUUAUUAGUUCAAACGUAAACGCAAAUUACACCGAAAUCACUGGUGAGGAUCUUGCAAACUUGACGAGUAUGAACGCCGAGAUGCUCGGUUGUAUCAAAACCUACCAGGCACUUCGGAGAAAAGAGAGGGCCCUCUCACAUCCAUGGAUCCAUUUAAAUAACGGCAUUUUGAUGAAGUUUAAUGAAGUAAAUUCACUCGAUUUCGAAGCGACACACUCUCGCGGCGUUGCCAGAAUGAUGUCAGUACCAAUCGUUUGGUUCUAUGAAUACCGGGACUGCUUCUUCCCGUGUCACGGUAUAUGUAAGCCUGAUGAGAUCAGAGCAUGUUGCAACGUGCCGCUGAAGGAGCGCCAUCCGAACAACCAGCUGAUGAUCCAAAGGCGGCUCAAUUGUCAGACCGUGAUGUCCUGCAAAUAA